UAUACAAUGGUGGAGUCUGGUUUGCCCUUGCACAUUGGUUCUGUCGUCAGUUCCAACGCUGGAAGUUGCUUCACUGAUAUACUUGAGGAUACUUGAUGAUUCAUCGGUGAAGAUGACCCUUUUCCUUUCCUAAGGAGGGACAGUUUUACCUCUGAACAUUGUAAUAUCCUCAAGGAGAUUGAAAGUCAUUGAACAUUGGUUGAGAACAGAAUUCAACAGAUUCAAGUUUCAACAAAAACAUUGCUUGAGAGGUGAAAAGCAGAGCCAUCAGAACAUGCGUGCGACCUUGAUUAAGGCAGUCCUGUUUGCGGAAGUUGGGUUUAUUGGAGCAAGCUAUAUUGUUUGGCAUAGGAUGAACACAAGUCAAGAUUUCAGGUACUACAUGCACAAAAAAUGGCCAUCUGUCCUAGAGGGAUUCUACAAGACUGGAGAAAUGGCAGGAUACAGACAAGCCAGAAUAGAAGACUACAGGACUUGGGGUCUGCCUCAUCCCUUUGAAGAUCUGCCAAAGAAGAGCUGAUACAGCCAUGAAAGAUUUCCCAGGAAAACUUUCUGAAGAAAAUGCCUAAGAAACCCAACUGAGUCAAAUACUUUCUGGAGAAAUAUACUUCUCAUGUAGGUUUAUUACAUUAGUAGGCAAUUAGUAGUAUAUUGUAGCAGUACCUGAUUUGAAGCAGUGAUACAACAGUUGAUCAAAGUUAACAGUUGUAUUUCCUUACUCUAGGUUACUGUCACAGUCAGCUAGUCAGGCUUUGUAUUGUGGAAUGUGAAAAACAAUGAAUCCUGAGAUGGUUACUUUUCACCCGACUGCCCUUGUGUAAACGGGUUGUGAUAGACAGUGAUAUCAUUUACUGAUCUAUGUGUAUUACAUGUAUUAUAUUGUCCUAAACAUGUCAUCUUCUUUGACAUUAGUUAAGUUUUCCUGAUCAAUUGACUUCUUGUGUUUGGACUUGUUAAAACUGACUAGUGACAAUGGUUUCAAGACCUAGAUUUUUAGAUGGUCUUAUUACUUGACAAUGAGUGAAAUGAUGAGUGCUUCCAGUCCAUAUUCCUGAAUACACAUUUAUUACCUAACUCAAGAAAGUUGUUUUCGGCAGUGUUUGUGUGCAUGUGGAUGAACAGCAUAACUCCAGAAUACCUGGAUGGAUUUGAAGGCAGUUCAAUCUCUACAACUGGAUAAAAAUCGUACAUUACGUCCGAACUUUUUGAGUGACAUCCAUCACUCUUCUUCAGCAUCACUCAAGUGACAUUGACAAGAGUGAUGGAUGUCAACUGACACGUCAAGAAAUGAAUACCCAAUUUUUAUCCAGUUGUUGAGAUUGAAUUGCCUUUGCAUCUUGUAUGCUU